CCAAUCGGAUCCCUAACGGCCGCCUAUUCUUUCCUUGAUUUUCAUCAUCAACAGAAUACAAAACGAAAUCUUCUACAAAAUGCCUAACACUCGGAUUAAGUCGCGGUGUUUAGAAGAUCUUAAUGAUCACGAAAGGCUUCAGGAUAGGUUGGAGUGGGAAGGUUACUCCGAGGUCAAAGUGAAAAGUGAUGGAAAUUGCCAGUUCCGUGCUUUAGCUGAUCAACUCUAUAAUACCUCGGAUCUUCAUAAACAAGUUAGACAAGAAAUCGUAAAGCAGCUUAAAUCUCGUCCAAAAUUGUACAAAGGAUUGGUUGGUAAAACUGAUUUCUCAGAGUAUGUAAAGAACAUGUCCAAUGACUCGGUGUGGGGAGAUGAAGUCACAUUGAAAGCAGCUGCAGACGUCUAUGGAGUCAAGAUAUUACUCAUUACAUCACUCAAAGAUGUCCCUUUCACUGUUGUUGUUCCCAGGUUCAUCUUCAUCUUCAGAUACUGCCUCGAGGGGGCCACAGAGCAAAAAGAAUUAGGAGAAGGAUAA